CUUUUCGGACAUUGGAAAAGUUACUUUGUGGAAAUAUGCGCAACAAAUUGCCAGUGCCAUGCGUAUCGUCCUGCUCAUCGGUCUUCGCACAUUCAGGAAACCGAGGACUAUUUUCAGCCUAGCGAUCAAUACCGCCUUUAUACGCAAAUAUCGGGUAGCUCGGGCUUUUACUCCUUCUUCUGAACAAGAAAAUAUUAUUAAACUAUCUCGAGUCCAAAAUGUUGUCGUAUCUGCAAGGCCCGGCGCUGGAAAGACUGCUACUGCUGAAGCUAUCGUGGCCGCUAAUCCCAACAAAAAUAUAGCAGUCGUUACAUAUUCGAAGAGGUUGCAACUCGAGACUGAACGCCGACUAAAGCGUUAUACUACAUGCGAUGUCUUCACAUUUCACGGAAUGGCGGGGAAGUUGUUUUCAACAGUCGCUCACACCGAUACCAUCAUACAGAACCUCCGAAGGAAAGGCGAGAGACCGAUUUGGAACAAUAAACGUUAUGAUAUCGUGAUAUUAGACGAGAUGCAAGACUGCACCGACGACCUUUUCUGGCUAAGCUGCUCAUUUAUAUUGGCCGUAAGACGUGCUAUAGGCGGUUGCACCCCCAAAAUUGUGGUUCUGGGAGAUGAGCGACAAGCUAUAUACGACUUUAGAGGAGCUGAUUCUCGCUUUCUUAGUCUCUCGCCGUGUAUAAUGUCUGCUCUUUCACUGUCCAAAUGGACCCCUUUACCUCUCAGCAAAAGCUUCCGGUUAUCGCGUGAAACUGCCGGUUUUGUUAAUGACGUUUUCCUUGGCGGUGAGAAGUACCUGACCGGUACACACGAUGGACCGAAACCAUUAUAUAUGUGCGCGAAUCUCUUCGAGGUAGAUAAGCUGGCCGAGGAGUUGGUGCCUUUGAUUCGCCGUUAUGGACCGGAACGAACAGCUAUCCUGGCCCCCUCGAUUCGCGAGGGAGGGCGACGGGGACCGCUUGCUAACUUUACGAAUUUACUUUCUGAACAAUAUCGAAUCCCGGUAGCGGUUUCAAUCUCGGAUGAAAUACCUUUAGAUGAUCAAGUCAUCAGUGGGAAAAUCUGUGUUUCUACUUAUCACCAAUUCAAGGGAAAUGAACGAGAUCUCGUUAUCGUGUAUGGGGCUGAUGCUGGCUACUUCAAACACAUCGGGCGAAACCUUGCGGAUGAUAGGUGCCCGAAUACUAUCUUUGUUGCUCUUACACGUGCUAUCAAGCAACUUGUCAUCCUACAUGACUGCAAGGAACCACCAAUGCCUUUCACAUCCGUUCCUAAGCUUAAGCAAGCAGCGGAGUAUAUCAAUAUCUCGGAUACCAAAAUGAAACGCCAGAAACGUAUUGGCCGUCCUCGAAAACUCGAUUUAACUCUUCCUAGAGGGGUAAUGGUUUCUGAUAUGUCGCGACAUGUUCGCGACGAAGUUUUAACUGCCAUCGUCGAUUCUCAUGUCAAUAUUAUGAAACUCUCGCCCCCUCUGCCAGAGGGCCAGUGUAUUAACGCGCCUGACAAGAUACUCACCGACCCAGAUAAGAAGCUAUAUGAAGCAGUAAGCGACAUUAACGGCCUCGUGGUCGUCGCUGCUUACGAAUAUGCUAUCCGGCAGAAACUCGUUACUCUUGAAUUCGACGAUCGAGAUGAUAUACAUAUUCCAGGUGAUAAGCACGACCAAAUAACAUGGCUCUGCCGCGCGGCUUGCGCGUACGAAGCGAGAGUAUCGGGGUAUAGGUCACGGCAGGUUCAAAUGGAAAAUCAUAAAUUCGACUGGUUAAACCCGGACUUACUCCACCGAGCUGUCCAGCGUCUUAAGGAGCAACUUCAUACAUCCGGACGACUAGAAUUUGAGAGUAAACUAGAGGUCAAUCGUUUCGAGGUAACGGAUUCUCAAAAUAAACCACAGAGGACUAGAAUUGGGGGCCGCGCAGAUAUUAUCGUGUAUGCCACAGACACGGAAUCCGAAGGGGAAGAUACUGGCGCAUGUCUCUGGGAGAUCAAAUUCGUGGCGAAGCUUUCACUUUUAUAUGUUGUGCAGGCGUGUACAUACGCUUAUUUAUGGGCUGUGAAACAUGGCUCGCCUAGUCUGCCUCGGAUUAUGCUGUUUAAUAUUAGGGAUGGGGAGAAAUGGGAGCUUUCGUGCCCGGAGGGUGUGGCGGGGGCGAGAAGGGUUGUUGAGAAGGUGUUGAGAGCGAAAUAUACUACUGCGGAAGAGCUUACGACUGAUGAAUUCGUUGAGAGAUGUCGGGGUACGAUGAGGGAUGUGGAGAGGUUAUGGGAAAAAUGAUAGGUGCUUAUCCGAUGGCUGCAACUUUCGCCGAAGGGCAGCAAGGCGCCCUACUGACUUCACUGAAUGAUGAUACCAACCGCCACAACUGCACAUUUAUCAACAAUACCAUGAAUGCCAUUAAAUCUCGUCAUUAUGACUGGUCUUAAUCAUUCAGAGAUAUUUAAUCUCUUCUGCAUCAAUUGAGCCGAAUGCCUAAGUAUUGGACGCCACCAAUCGAGUUCCCCGCACCGGACUGAAACAAAAAGAGGAAGAGAAGGCUUGGGAAGAUCGAGGAAGAUGCCCGAGGAUGUUACUGUAUACCUAGAUUAUAUAAUGGUUGCCUUCAAGGCUCUUAAAAUAAUGAACACGACUCAUCAUUAAAUAUUAAAACGGAGAGCUCUUGGUUUUAAUGUGGACUGUCUGACCAUGAUUA